AUGCGGCGUCGAGGGACACUGUGCGAAAAGAAACAACAAUAUCUUGACCAGUGGCAGUCGCGCAUUGCCAUCUUCUCGCCCAGAAUCAAAAAGGAGGGCCGUAUCGCAGUUUCCAAUGGGGUGGUUGUAACAUGUGAAAAAUGCGCGAGUUCAGCAUCCAGUCAAUGGCGCACGACUAAUCAUGACGCGACGAGUUUCUAA